AUGGUUAUAAGCCUCAAUUUACACAUAGGAAGAGCGAUUCUAGCUGUUCAGGUACGACUUAUUGCUUGUUAUUGCUCAUUUUAAAGCUAAGACACGACAAAUUAAGCUACAAAACGCACAUUAAAGACCAUUUCAAGAUUGAAAAAGAACAGCUGGUCACAAAACCUCUCAAAAUAUCAUUUGACACCUAAAAAAACUUCUUUGGUCAAGAACCUUGAAAAUUUUGUCCGAGUAAGCUUUUAUUUCUAGUUACUGCUCACGUGAGAGUCUCUAUCCAUGAAAAUGUAUCACAAAUAAAAAGUUUCUCCGGGAUUCUAAUGAUCAUAAAACUGUCCGUAUUUUAAAAACAUCUCAACCGAAACCUUGAAAUAUCUCAAAAAAGCUCCCUUCAAAACUGUUCGCAUUUUCGAGAGAUCCUUCCAGAAAAACGAGAUAAGAACCUAUGAUGUGCUCGACGGUUUGUGGACAUUCGUUUCGGAGACGACGAACAGCGGCGACGUCGGCCUUCAGAAUCAGUGGAACGCCGCCGACCUCGCCUACUUUGACGUCAGUUCCGAGAUUCUGAAUGCGAUUAAUGACGUCAUGUGCUUCAGAACGCGACGGUGAUGCCGGUGCCGAGUGCCUACAACGAUCUGGGCACUUCAAGCCAGCUCAGGGACCAUGUCGGAUGGGUUUGGUUGGUUUUGAGACUACUUUCUUGAUUUUUUAAAAUCAUAAACAUGGCGAUUUCACUCUACCAUCAAUUAAAAAUCCUACGAAUCAGUUUUCUAAUUUUUGAUAGCUUUGUUGGAAAUAACGAGUAAUCCAGUGAUAAAUUUCAAACAUAGCAACUUGAAACGCCCUGAUCGCACUCGGAAUGGCUCAAAGCGCCGCGGUCGCGUUGCGUUUCACAUCUGAUAAGCAAUAUCACAGCGCCCCGCGCGCAAACAGUUUCUGGUCGGAUGCGGGUCAAAAACCGCCUCAUUUAUUCAGACAACGGCGUUUGAAGCCGGCUUUCAUUAGGUUGAAAGUAAAAUAUUUUUCAGGUAUGAGAAGAAAGAAGUGAUUCCACUACGAGACUCCACUUUACGGCACUUUCUUCGCUUCGGCAGCGUCAAUUACUUCGCCGUCGUUGUUAGUUUUGAAAAAUCUCAUUGGAUGCUUUUUUUCAAUUUUCACGAGGAAAGGCCAUAUAAAAUAUGAGAUUCCUAAUAAAUUUUCAAUAUUUUCAGUUUGUGAACUCGCAAAAAGUGGCAACUCACACCGGCGGUCAUCUGCCCUUCGAGAUCGACGUCACCAGCAAACUUCGGUUCGGCGCUGAAAACAAGGUUUCUAGAAGAUUCGUGAAAUUCUGAAAAGUGCCCCUUUUUGAAAAAAAUACAUAUUAAAAAAAUAAUGAAUUUUUUUCUAAACAAGGAUCAGUUCUUAUCAUCGCCUCUUGAAUAAUUGACUGGAUUUUUCUUAUUAUCGAAAGUUGAAAAAAAAUUUUUCUCAAAUUUCCUGAAGUCCUACAAAUGUUUUCGGAAACAAAAUUUCUGAUCAUGGUGUUCAAAGUCAAGGAGAAAUAGUUUUUUUCUCGAAUUAUUAUUUUUUUCAAACCGUUUACAGAUUACUGUUGCCGUGAACAACACUUUGUCCUGGGCAACGAUUCCACAGGGAGACUUCAACUAUAUGAAAUCGACUGACAGGAAUGUCACUGGUCGGAUUGUUAGUCAUUUUCAAUCGUUCUAUAGAAAUCCAUUUUUUUGUGUAGCAACUGAAAUUCCGAAAAACUUGAGCCCGAAAAACCGUUGUAAACACUAAAUUAUGUCUUUUACAGAAACAAGAAAAAAAAUUGAAAAAAAUUUAAAUCUCUUAGUUUUUUUGAAGCAUUUUUCUAAUCCAAAGCUUUCUUAUAUUAUAAUAUAUAUUCCUUUAAAAAAAUAUAACUUUUGCUCGAAAAAUCCGAAAAAUCUAACACAAUCAGAUCAUGACCCCAUGUUUGGACUGGUGCAAAAAGUAUUUUUGAAAAAUUGAAAACUCGGACAUUGGUAACGCGAAAAAAACGGACGUGCUCCGGACGCUUCUGGGCGAUUCUAGGGAUCACUUAAGAGUGCUGAGGCUACUAAAGUGGUCACUAGAAAUGAACCGACACGUCCGAUUCGCGUCCCGUUCGCGUUACCAAGGUCCGAGAACCCUUAUUUUUGUAUUUUCAGCCUGAUUUUGCGAUAUUUUCGAGUUUUACUACAGUUUUGCUCCACAAACUACUCGAACUAUUAACUUUCCGCGAAAUCACAUGUUUGCCGUUUCCAAAGCGUACGAAGAGCAUCUUGAAAAGUCGCGCGCGUCACAGCGCUGCCACCACGGCUCCUCCAACACAGAAAACGAAACCUCACCAGGAAGUGACUUUUGCCCGGUAUCUGAAUGAGAAUAUCCAGCUCUCACACGGAAAACUUUGAAAAAAUGAAAAAAUUCCAUCAAAGAAUCUCAUAUUUCAGCUUUCCCGGACCCCGGCUGGUGCCUUCAAGGACAUUGGAAACUUUGACUUUUUCAACUACGCCGGAAUUUUGAGAUCUGUUCACUUGGUCAAGCUUCCGGCCGUCUACAUUCAGAAUAUUCACAUUGUUGCUGAUCAUACUGGUUAGUUAAUUUUUUUUUUAAUUUUCUUAGAAAGGCCAGAGUGGUCCAUCUGUUAGGGGAAAUGGCCUUUAUAGGUUUUAGUUAGUGACCCCUAUAGUGGAGCAUGCCUAAGCCUACAGGAGAGAAAAAAGUGUACAUGGGUGAAAUUUAGGUGAUCUUUCAACUUUUCAACGGAAAAUUCAUUUUAUUCAAAAUGUUUGGCCUUGAUUUUUUGAUUUUUUCAGGGUCCAAAAUAAUCUAAACCUUAUUAAGACCUCGAAAAAGUUAGUGAAAAUUAAAAUCCAGGUUCAUUCUACUACGGCGUCGCUGUCAGCUCAAACGUUAGCGACUCUUCGAUUCAAGUCAAAAUUUUCGACGCCCAAGGGAGACAGGUGACAUUUAUGAAGAUCCUUUUCGUUCCUAGAUUUUCUACCUGUCAUAAAAGGUGUAAUUUUUCAGGUAUACCAAGGUAGUGGUUCGAAAGGGGAAGGUCGGGUCGACGGGGCCAAGCUAUGGUGGCCUCGAGGGAUGGGCGACCCGAAUUUGUACACUCUAGAGGUUAAUUUUCAAGUUUUAAGAUUUUUAAGCGAAAACGGUGUACUGAAAAAGUUUUAUUUCCUAAACUGAUUUUAAAUUGCUCUCGACAUACAUGAAAAAGAGAAAAUUGAACAAAAAAGGGUCUGAAACUAUCCAAAUUAAUUAAUUUCUCUUCAUUUUUGACUUCAACAGAUAGCAGUAAUGAACGGAGAGGAACUUCAAGACAUCUACCGGGAGAUUUUUGGUUUCCGGACAGUUUCCCUGACCGACAAACAGAUUCUGAUCAACGAGAAGCCCUUCUACUGUUUGGGCUUCGGAAUGCAUGAGGAUUUUGAGGUAAAAACCCAAUUUUGGAUCAAAUUCCGAAUCGUCUCAGCUCCACGGCCGAGGUUUCAAUCCAGUUGUGAUGACAAAGGAUCUCAACUUGCUCGAAUGGUUUGGAGGUGAGAAAAUUCCGCAGACCUCAAAACUGAACUUUUUCGAGACUUUACGUGACCUCGACUUUCAGAGGGCUUCUCAAUUCGAUUUUCAAUCCUUAGACAGUCUUUCUAAAGCUUUAGAAAUUCUAAAAACACUGACAAGCUCUAGAAACUCCAAUAAACUUUUUGGAAAGCUCUGAAACAUAUGAUGCUCUUAGGAAACUGCUACCGAACCUCUCACUACCCCUACGCAGAAGAAAGAAUAGCCGAAGGGGAUCGUCGAGGGAUCGCCGUGAUUCUGGAGACGCCAGCCGUCGGAUUGAAGUAACUUUCAAAUUUACCACUUUCAAAGAUCAAAAACUGAACAUUUUCACAAGCCAUUCCCGGUCUCGAAACGACUGAAUUCAAUCUCAGAGGAUUCCCGAAAUCCAACAACCUGCUGCACAUCAAGAUGCUCGAGGACAUGAUCGACAGGGACAAGAACCAUCCCUCAGUCAUCGCCUGGUCUCUGGCCAAUGAGCCUCAGACUGCGAAAAAGGAGAGUCGCAACUACUUCAAGUAAAUCAAAAGGAUCUUCGGGGACUGAAUCGGCAAAAUUCAGGAGCCUCGUCGAGGCAGCCCACGGAAUCGACAAAACUCGGCCGGUGACCACCGUCUACGGUCCGACAAACUUUGACAAUGAUCAAACGGUAGGUGAAGCUUCUUUUCGAAGUUCUUUUCAGCUAUUUCGAACGCUUAAAUGGUGAUUCUUAUAAAAGCAAGAAAAAACUUUUCAAGUUCUUUAGGAGGAUUUACCUACCGAAAGAUUUGAAGACCUCAGCAUUUCAGGCAGACUUGAUGGACUUCAUCUGUGUGAAUCGUUACUAUGGUUGGUACAUCGACAUGGGCUACUUGGACUGGGUCAAUCAGAGUGUCUACUGGGAUCUGUCGCUUUGGCGCGAAAAGUUCGGGAAGCCGUUAAUUGUGACGGAGUACGGAGCGGAUAGUCUGCCAGGCUUGAAUCAAGUGAGAUUCAACUCCAAUAUUUUAAAAACGUAUGAAGUUAUGAAAAAAACUGCUUUCACUCGAAAAAAAAACAAUGUGAAAAAGAUUGAAAAGUCUUUUACAUUCGAAAACUACGUUCAAAAUGCUCUCUAAUUAUUGGAGCAAACUUUCCGUUGAGCCAAGAGCUUGAACGCUUUUUUAUCACUUAUGAGAAAAAGACUAGGAGCUUAUGUGAAACCAAGAAACAAGGGAAAAUCAAAUGAUGGACUUAUUUCAAGGUUCAAAAAAAUAGCCUUUUCUUUAACUUACUUCUCCUUUUCGGCUCAUAUAAGCACCUCCCCUCACUUUUCCGUAAGUAAAAAGCCUUAGAAACAGACGAGAUCUUCAGGAGCCAUCUGUGGACUUCUCCGAGCAGUACCAGAACGAGAUCGUCAAGCAGACCCAUCACGCCUUCGACGCCCUUCGUCGUGACCACGGCAUCACCGGCGAGAUGAUCUGGAACUUUGCCGAUUUUAUGACCGGAAUGAGUCAGCUUUUGGGCAUUAUAUCUGUACAUCUCGAAAAAGAAAGUUAAAGAAGACUGAAUGACUGCUCCACGGUUAAUUUGAAAGCUUUCUAAAUACUCUCAGACCUUGAUAACGCGAACGGGACGCGAAACGGACGUGUCGGGGCAUUUCUAGUGACCACUUUAGUAGCCUCAGAACUCUUAAGGGAUCCCUAGAAUCGCCCAGAAACGUCCGGAGCACGUCCGUUUCGCGUUACCAAUGUCCGAGCUUUUUUUCGAAAAAAUCGAGCCGAAAAAAGCUACACGGCUACUUCAGAGGCUUAAUUUUUGCAGUUAAGUCUAAAUUAUUAGAAUUUUGCGACGGAGACUCAAAUUUAGCCACGGAGCGCACUUCAGGCCGUUUAUGCCAUAGUUUUUCUUGUGUAAUUCCUAGAUUCUUUUUUUUUCUUUUUUAUUCCUUUGUUCUCAGGCACAACGAGAGCCGUAGGAAAUCACAAAGGAGUCUUGACCCGAAGUCGACAAGCCAAAAUGGCCGCCUACACGCUUCGCGACCGCUACCAAUCACUUUUCGAUCAACGAAAUCUGACUCUUUGGACGUGA